GUUGCCAUCCUAAGACCAACCGCCCGCCGCUCUCCCAGUCCGAGACGGCCAGACCAGAACCCGGACCCGGGUGCCAUGCUCGCCCUUCCCCGGCACGGCCGCAUGAGUUAGGAAGGCGCAACAGAAGCAGGUGCAGAUGCGACUGCAACUUCACCUUUUCGACGGCCAGGAGAAGGAACGGAUGGCCCAGGCGGCGAGGAAAGCUGCUUGCGCCGUACUGCUCUCGCCGCAGACUUUCAUAUUUCAUUCCUCCGCUCGGCUCCUCCCGGAGGCCGGGGCCUGCGCGGCUAAAAAGGCCAUACAUCGACAGAGCGUGCGCGGUUGUGUUCCGUCCUCCUCGGUAAUAGCCCGUGGCUUACACAACGCGCACAGGGUGUUCGACGGAACGCCCACGCGGAGCUUGCCGGCAUGGACAUCGAUCAUCUCCGGCUGCGCGCGUGAAGGCAGGCACGCGGACGGCAUGCGCGCGUUCGCGGAGAUGCUGGACGAAUGCGGCGCGACCGCGCCGAACGCCUUCGUGCUCGCAGGCGUCCUCCGGUGCUGCGCGGGGCUCGGCGACGUCGAGUCUGGCAGGCGCAUCCACGGGUGGAUCCUGCGGAGCGGCGUGUGUCCGGACGUGGUGCUCUGCAAUGCAGUCCUCGACAUGUACGCCAAGUGCGGCGACCAUGGGCGCGCUAGGAGGGCGUUCGGGGCGAUGGCCCAGAAGGACGCCACAUCCUGGAACAUUGUGAUCAGGGCGUGUCUUCAGGAUGGCGACCUUGUGGGGGCGACGCAGCUGUUCGAUGAAUCGUCUUUGAGGGAUGUUUCGAGCUGGAACACGAUCGUCAGCGGGCUUAUGCGGCAUGGGCACACCACUGAGGCGUUGGGUCGCCUGCAGCAAAUGGUGCGAGCUGGAGUUACAUUUAGUAACUACACUUACUCCAUGGUGUUUGCUUUGGCUGGCUUGCUUUCAUCGCGGGACCUAGGCCGGCAGCUCCAUGGUCGUGUGGUGGUGGCUGUAUUGGAGGAGGAUGCGUUUGUCGGCUGCUCUCUCAUGGACAUGUACUGCAAGUGUGGGGAAAUGGAGUCUGCUCUGUCAAUCUUUGAUCGCUGGUCAGACUUCACAGAGGACAGACAAUUUGCGUGGAGCACGAUGGUCGCUGGGUAUGUCCAGAAUGGCAGGGAGGAGGAAGCUCUUGAGUUCUUCCGCAGGAUGCUGCGUGAAGGAGUUCCUGCUGGCCAGUUCAUCCUCACUAGCGUAGCUUCAGCCUGUGCAAAUGCAGGGAUGGUUGAGCAAGGCAGGCAAGUGCAUGGAUUUGUUGAGAAGUUGGGUCACAGAUUUGAUGCACCAUUGGCGUCUGCCAUUGUUGACAUGUAUUCAAAGUCUGGCAGCCUUGAAGAUGCUUGCAGGAUAUUCAGAAGUGCUCAGACCAAGAAUGUUGCUCUCUGGACUACAAUGCUGUGCUCCUAUGCAUCUCACGGGCAAGGAAGAAUGGCACUAGAGAUCUUCAGCAGAAUGAAGGCCGAAAAGAUCAUGCCAAAUGAGAUAACCCUUGUCGCUGUUCUAUCUGCUUGUAGCCAUUCUGGUUUGGUCAGCGACGGAUACCACUACUUCAACCUUAUGCAGGAAGAGUAUGGAAUUGUUCCAAACACCGAGCACUACAAUUGCAUGGUUGAUCUUUAUGGACGAGCUGGGCUACUCGACAAAGCAAAAAAUUUCAUUGAGGAAAACAAGAUCAGCCAUGAAGCUGUUGUUUGGAAGACUUUGCUGUCAGCUUGUCGACUUCACAAGCACAUCGAGUAUGCACAAUUGGCUUCUGAAAAGUUGGUUCAACUAGAACAAUAUGAUGCUGGAUCAUAUGUUCUGAUGUCAAACAUGUAUGCCACCAACAACAAAUGGCUUGACACUUUCAAGCUCAGAAGUUCAAUGAAGGAAAGGAGAGUCCGGAAGCAGCCAGGUCAAUCAUGGAUCCAUCUGAAAAACGUUGUGCAUAGAUUUGUUGCACUGGACACAUCUCACCCAAGAUCGGCUGAAAUUUAUGCUUACUUGGAGAAGCUGAUGGAGAGGCUGAAGGAGAUGGGGUACACAAGUAGAACUGAUCUUGUUGUACACGAUAUCGAGGAGGAACAGAGAGAAACAUCUCUGAAGUUCCACAGCGAGAAACUUGCUAUUGCAUUCGGGAUCAUCAGCACGCCUGUUGGGACGGCACUUCGGAUCUUCAAGAAUCUGCGUGUUUGUGAGGACUGCCACGAGGCAAUCAAGUUUAUAACCCGAGCCACAGAUCGGGAGAUUGUUGUUCGAGAUUUGUAUCGGUUCCAUCAUUUCAAGGAUGGCCAAUGUUCCUGUGAGGAUUUCUGGUGAAAGGUUCUGCUUUGAUAUUGGUUGAUAAAGUGUAGGCUGUACUAUAUCUGCACGUAGAGAUAGUGAUUGACUAAUAAAGUAAGGUAUCUGGUUGACAAAUAGCAUAAGUGCACAGCGUGGGAAGGAGUUGAUGUGCUGAAAAAUAACAGCAGAAAAAGAAAGUGAAGGGCUUAGUUUCAUGUCGGACCAUAGUUUUCAGAUCGCCUGAUCGAUGCCAUUGGGAGAUCAGACGAUUAGUCGCGAUUAGGCGUCGAUCAGGACGAUUAGUCGCCCCUAAUCGCUCCCCGGUCGUCCUAUAUCAAUAUUCAAUACUUGGAGUCCAAAAAAGCAGUACAUCCAGCUUACUAGACCGACACCGCAGCAACAAGUUUAUUCAAUACUUGAAUAGUCCAUAACAACAUAGCAGCAACAAGUUUAUAUAAGACUAUGAAAUUGCAAGUCUACAACUUACUAGACCACUAGAGUAGUAGACCAUGAGUCCAUCAGAAGUACUGCUCAUCUCCGGAGUGCUGUUGUUGUUGAAGAGUGAAGAACAGAAGAGAAUGGAAAUGGAGUUGGAGGCUCUGGGAAGCAAGCAAAGUAGCAGACACACCAACUUGGAGUUGCCGUGCCUGGACAGGGAUUUGAAGUGACUGGAAGCAGAAGAGAUGUCUAGACAGGGAGUUGAAGAAACUGGGGGGGGGGGGGGGGUGGGGGCGUUUGGACUACCCAGAGUACAUUUAAGCCAAAAAUGACUUUUGGACUACACAAAGCGCAAUUAAGUCGAUCAGUUGAUCGCCCACUAGGACGAGUAAUCGAUCUUUAUCGCGAUUAGGCGGACAAUAAGGACAAUUAGGUACUCUGAUCGAAUCGAUACCUCUGAUCGAGACCUGAUAUCUGAUCAGACCGACUAAUCACGAUUAGUCGGAUAAUCAAUGUGUUUGACACAAUUCAGGGACGGUUAGCAGGACAUUCAAUCAACCAUUGGUGGCGCAUGUUUGAGUGCUAUUCACCUGUCCUGAAAGUGUAGAAGCUUGUAAAGCUUGGCUUUGUGAGUUUUCUUGCGCUUAUUUUAUUUUUGGGUUCUUACUUCUUAUAGGCUGCUUUCGUAGAGCCAAGUUUAGACUGAACUGUAUCAAAGUCACAUCAUGGAAUUUAUCAGGAUUACAAAAUCACAGAUGGUUGUGGAUUUGGCAUGAUGUGCUUGUUUAGGAUUCCAAACAUUUGAAAAUACACUCCACUAUGGUGGGCAGUUUGCAUCUGAUGUCCAUUUGUCCAUGGUGGCAGUAGAUGAACUGUGAGCUAAGUACUGAAAAUCCAGUCACGGAACUGUGCUGCCUUGCGAUCUCAA